AUGGUGGAGCAGGCCGGAGGAUCAGGCAGACUUCAGUUGGGGAUUGAGGGACCUGGGUGUGGGAGAAGACCUACUGUUCCUCCACAAAUCUCAUCCAAAGACCUGCUGUUCCUCCACAAACUCCAUCCAGAGAAGAACUGUCGUUCCUCCACACACCUUAUCAAGAGAAGAUCUGCUGUUCCUCCACAAACUCCAUCCAGAGAAGACCUACUGUUCCUCCACAAACUCCAUCCAGAGAAGAACUGCUGUUCCUCCACAAACCUCAUCCAGAGAAGACCUGAUGUUCCUCCACAAACUCCACCCAGAGAAGACCUGCUGUUCCUCCACAAACUCCACCCAGAGAAGACCUGCUGUUCCUCCACAAACUCCAUCCAAAGAAGACCUGCUGUUCCUCCACAAACUCCACCCAGAGAAGACCUGCUGUUCCUCCACAAACUCCAUUCAAAGAAGACCUGCUGUUCCUCCACAAACUCCAUCCAAAAAAGACCUGCUGUUCCUCCACAAACGUCAUCCAGAGAAGACCUGCUGUUCCUCCACAAACUCCAUCCAAAAAAGACCUGCUGUUCCUCCACAAACGUCAUCCAGAGAAGACCUGCUGUUCCUCCACAAACUCCAUCCAGAGAAGACCUGCUGUUCCUCCACAAACUCCACCCAGAGAAGACCUGCUGUUCCUCCAAAAACUCCACCCAGAAAAGACCUGUUGUUCCUCCACAAACUCCACCCAGAGAAGACCUGCUGUUCCUCCAAAAACUCCACCCAGAGAAGACCUGUUGUUCCUCCACAAACUCCACCCAGAGAAGACCUGCUGUUCCUCCACAAACUCCACCCAGAGAAGACCUGCUGUUCCUCCACAAACUCCAUCCAGAGAAGACCUGCUGUUCCUCCACAAACUCCAUCCAAAAAAGACCUGCUGUUCCUCCACAAACGUCAUCCAGAGAAGACCUGCUGUUCCUCCACAAACUCCAUCCAGAGAAGACCUGCUGUUCCUCCACAAACUCCACCCAGAGAAGACCUGCUGUUCCUCCAAAAACUCCACCCAGAAAAGACCUGUUGUUCCUCCACAAACUCCACCCAGAGAAGACCUGCUGUUCCUCCAAAAACUCCACCCAGAAAAGACCUGUUGUUCCUCCACAAACUCCACCCAGAGAAGACCUGAUGUUCCUCCACAAACUCCACCCAGAGAAGACCUGCUGUUCCUCCACAAACUCCAUCCAGAGAAGACCUGCUGUUCCUCCACAAACUCCACCCAGAGAAGACCUGCUGUUCCUCCACAAACUCCAUCCAGAGAAGACCUGCUGUUCCUCCACAAACUCCAUCCAAAAAAGACCUGCUGUUCCUCCACAAACGUCAUCCAGAGAAGACCUGCUGUUCCUCCACAAACUCCAUCCAGAGAAGACCUGCUGUUCCUCCACAAACGUCAUCCAGAGAAGACCUGCUGUUCCUCCACAAACUCCAUCCAGAGAAGACCUGCUGUUCCUCCACAAACUCCACCCAGAGAAGACCUGCUGUUCCUCCAAAAACUCCACCCAGAAAAGACCUGUUGUUCCUCCACAAACUCCACCAGAGAAGACCUGCUGUUCCUCCACAAACUCCAUCCAGAGAAGACUUCCGUCUCCCCAGCCACUUGGCUGUUCUGUGGGAAUUGUCCUGACUUUCCCGCCGAGCGAGAUGUCCAGGCGGCCCCCCGCCGCCCGCGUGAAAAAAAAAAGAGCGCGCCGACGGCCGCCUGAGGCUCUGCGUGAGAGGGAAAGUGUCUCUCGCCCCCCCGCCGGCUUGCCCACAAUGGCGGGUCAGCGGGACGGUCCAAGCCGCCCACCCCUUCCUCCCGAAGAGGCGCGUCCUCCCGCUCGCGGCCGCUAUAAAGAGGCGGGGGAGAGAGCGCCGUCACGGAGGAUGCACGCCAGCGGCCGCCGGGCAGGGAGGCGCUAA